AUGGAAGAUGAUGCAACAAUGCCCCAGGAAGAUCAGAGAAAUUGUGAUGGUAGAGGCAUUGGGGGCCUUGGAAGAUCUUCUAAGAAGUCAAAGCAGAAAAAGGUGCCACAAAGGGGACUUGGUGUGGCACAGCUUGAAAAGAUAAGACUAGAGGAACAACAAAAAAGAGAUGCACCUCAACUUUUACCAUCGCCAACUGCUGUACCAUCAACCUAUCUGCCUCACCCACUGCAGAAUUUUCAUGACUCCAACCAAUCCCCUUCUACCACACUUUUACCUUGUGAGCCACCAUCUGAAUUUAGGUCCCCUUUGUCAUUGCAACAACAACACAUGGAUGAUAAAAUUCCUAACACUGUUCCAUUGGCAAACAAUGGUGGCUUUGAGGCUGGCUGGCCCGUUGUUCCUGGACACGGGAAUGCUCCCAACUGGUGGAAUUCCUAUCCAUUUGAUUCUGAGAAGAGCAACUUUCGAGUGGAUCCGGGAUUGCCGAUUCUACCAUGCUUACCUUUGCCCAAUUUAGUGCAGAGACCACCCCAAUAUCAGGAUCAAUCUUCUUCAUCAGUGGUGAAUGUCUCAUCAGGAACUUCAUCAACAUCUAUGCCUCAUUUCACUACAGAGCCCCCUUCAAACCAAAACAAUAAAGGCAGCAGUGUGCCUGGGAGGCCAAUGGAUAAGGUGAGUUAUGCUAUUUAUAGUCAUCUAGUGACAUGGAUCCGGCGAGGAUGGACUAGCAGAUAUCAUCAACUUGCAGCUUCUAGCACCUUAAUGCUUCUGCAUGCACACAAAAUGUCUGUUCUGUCGAUAUGGCAGAUUCAUUGGACCCUUAGCAAGGUGGAGACGGUUGGCACAAAAAGGCCAUACCCUUUCUCCCAGAAUGUUUCUAAUGCCCCUGCUUUCAAUUAUAAUGUGCCCCCCUGUGCUGAAAGAAGAACAAAUGUAAAAAUUUCGUGCGGUAAUGGAAGCGGAUUUAACUUUGAUGCUGGAAAUUCUUCUUCCAGAGAAGUCACAUUCGCUGCAGCAUCCAACUCUGAGUCAAGCUCAAAGAAAAGAAGUGAAGAGAAUGAGAAUUUCAAUGGAGAUUUUCUCUCAUUGGCUCCUCCAUCUCCUGCUUCUUAUCCACCUUCAAAGUCCAAGUCAUCUUCAACCUUCUUACCAUUUCACAACCAGGGAAAUGUAGAAGAUCAAAUCCCUGCCUCACCAGUGUACAAUAUGUUCAAUCAACAAAAGCAACCACUGUAUGGCCUCUUCCUUCCAGAACCAAAGGAGGAACAAAAUGGACAUACAGCAGCCAGGAUUCAGAAUGGUCAUGAACAAUGCCUAAGUGCUUUGAUGAAGCCAAACUCUAGUGGCAUGCCUUUGGGAAUUGAGGCUAUGCAUUUGUUUGUUUUUUUCUUCUCUUGUUGUUUCCUUUCUUGGUUAUUAAGUGCCUGGUUGGAUGAGUCAGGAACUGGAGUGGUAACAAACUUGUGCAUGUGGGUUGUGAAGACAUUUGAUUGUGCAUUGUUCUCUGUUCUCUUUCCUUCUGCGUGUCAAUUAAGACUUAAUCUGGAUUGA